AUGGACAACAAUGGUCAAUUAAAUCAAUUGAUCCACACACUUCCAUGUGCAAUACCAUUAAAAUCCAUUCAAGUACUUAACUUUACUCAAGAUAAAGUGAGGGUAGACCCUAAGGUAAAAGAUUUUUAUAAAAAAUUAUUGUCAACAGAUAGCACUACCACUAGCAGCAAUAACAAUAACAGCAAAAGUAGUUCAUCAUCAUCAUUAUUAACAAGUGAUGCUAACAAUGACGUUAACAACAACAACA